AAACAUCCAGUUUUAUGAAAUGUUGGUAGAAGGAAGUGACAAUAUUACCCUCAAAGACAAGCCCUUCAAUUUGACCUGCUAAUGUAUCCAUGCUUCAGACCGCUGAAAUACUUUGCAUAUGAAAACUUAAUGAUGUCUAGCUACUGACAAACAGAUCAGAAAAAAGCCUGACAGAAGAUACCGAAGCUGAUAGAAGAAUUCUUUGUACACAGGUUCAACAAGAAUCCCAGUCUACUGAAACAAACAAAAAAACAUUCAAUCACUUUUCUUCUCUGACGGUGGAGUAACAGUCCUUCAGAUUACUAGCAAUGACGCCAGAGGAGAAUAGACUGGACAUACUGAAUGUUGAGGAAGAUUUGUCUGAACUGGAUUCAACACUGAGCUUUGAAAUAGAAGAUCUGUAUGAGAAUGUGACAUGUAAUUCAAGAGCAAACUCAUCGUCAUCUCUGCAAGACUUUCAACACGUCCAGCCAAUUUCAAAAUCACCAUCUUUGUCCGAGGAGACCGAGGAAUUGCACAUCCUACCUCUGGGAGCGAGAGGGUCGGGGAAAAGCUCUUCUGGAAACACCAUCCUCGGGUGGAACGUUUUCAAUACAGACAUGCAGUUGAGCAGAGUCACACAGUUCUGUGAAAGAGCAUUUGGAAACAUCAAUGGUCGUCCUGUGGCCAUCAUCGACACUCCAGGACUGGUUAAAAUAAAUCAAAUGGAAAAGUCUGUGAUCAGGGAGAUCUUAAAAUCUGUCUCGCUGUAUAAACCAGGACCCCACGUGUUUCUCCUCGUUUCACCUGUGGGAAACUUAACCGAUGAGGACAAGAACAUGCAUAAGUUAAUCGAGAACAUGUUCGGUAAGGAUGUUUGGAAAUACACCAUUGUUUUGUUCACACAUGGAGAUCGUCUAGAGGAAAAAACGCCAAAUGAUGUCAUCGCCAGCUCCGACAAAGACCUCAGGGACUUUAUUCACAAAUGCAGCGGUGGAUUUGUGUUCUUUAAUAACAAGAACAUGGGAAAUACUGAGCAGGUGACCAAACUUCUGGAGAAGAUUGAGACCUUGAUGGCCAUCAAUGGCAGAAGCUGUUACACAACUUCCUUUUUCCCAACCUCUGAGAGGAAAGUAAGAGAGAAACAGGAGAAGAUACUUCAGCAGAGAGAGAAACAGAUAGCAAAGAAGGAGAAAGAGCUGGAGCAGAGUUAUGAAGGCGAGGAGCUGGAGAGAAUGAAGCAUGAGCUCAGGAGAGUAGAAGAGGAAGAUGCACGUAAACUAGCGGAGGGUUCACAAAGAUGCAGAUCUCUGUCAGUAAAUCGCAUCACGACCCAUCAUCAGUAACACAAUCACAGACUA